AUGUCCUCGCCAGAGAAAUCCAUGCCAGAGAAAUCGCCAAGCAAAUCGCCAGGGAAAUCCUCGAUAAGCUCUGGAUCUUCUGAUGGUACCGCUGUUGACUGGGACCAUAUUCACAAGCCUGUUCUUGAUGUUUUGAUCUGGGGGCCGGAGUCCUACCUUGUGGCAGAAGUGAAGUCAGGGCGCUUACGUCCUGAAGAUAGAGAGCAGCUGCGACAUCAGCUUUUGUCACAGCUUACACUUGAUUCGUCUCCCUGCAGAGUGGUUGGAGUUUUAAUAUGCUACCUGGGAGCUGAACUGUUUAUAGCUGCGAAGGACGAUGAGGAAAUUACCAUCAUAGACGUGAACAGGUACCCAUUUAAUAUGGGGAACCACAGAUUUCUGUGGGUAGCAUACAAAAAGCGAUUAUACCAGUGUAUAGUACCAAGUUCAUACUACAUUCGAGUGAAAACUCAGGUAUUGAAGGUCGAACCAAGCACCAGCAACGAGAAGAAAGAAAAGGAAGAAAAUAAGAAAGGAAGAAAAAGCGAGAGACCAAGCACCAGCAACGAGCAGGAAGGCGAAGGGGAGGAGGAGGAACCUGCGGAGGAGACUCUUAAAGAGCUUAAAGUAUUGGCCAAAAAUAUCUCCGCUAAGCAAAGAUUAUCGGACUUUAACAAACUCUUCCAAAUGCGUUGCAAAUAUGGUCAGCAAUAUGAUCAAGGCCGAGAAGGUGAGUCAGCUCAGGUGUACCACAACAGGGUAAAGAUUGCGGCUACUGCCAUAGGGUACGGUGAUGGGGCUAUCAAAAACAAGUUUAUAGCAACCUUACCGUCAACAUGUCAGGCUAAUGUGAUCAUGUCUGCUCCGGAGGACGCUACGUCCGAACAGAUUGCGCUGUUAGCACAGCGUUGCCUUGAUGUCACAGGUGACCCCACCCGUGAGGUGACAUUUGCGGCCACUGAGGCAAAGCCAGGCAUCGAGAAAGAUCUCGAUUUUAUCAAGGAGGAACUGCAUAACCUCCGUAUAUCUCAGGAUAACCCGCCCGACGACGACAACAGUCGCCAUAGGCCCAGUGGUGAUAGCUAUUAUUUCCGUAAACUACCCAUGGGCUUAACCCUAAGCCCGGGGAUUUGGCAGCAACGCAUUAAUGAGAUCUUGAAAGAGAUUCCAAACUCGCGAGAUUUCUGCGAAUGCAUCCAUGACGACAUCAUUUUGUUCAGCAAAAGCAAGAAGGAACAUUCAGAACAUCUUGCUAGUUUGUUCCAGGCACUCGAGAAACAUGGUCUGAAGAUUUCUCCACGUAAGUGCUUGUUGUUUCGAAAUAGGGUGAAUUACAUGGGUCAUGUUAUUCUGAUAGACUCUGAUGGUCUGGUGAGUAUUACCCCUAUGGCAGACAAAUGCUUGGCCAUUCGGAAUGUCGCAGUUCCAAAAUCGCCAAAAGAGGUGCGAAGGUUCAUAGGUGCGGUCAACUAUUUAGCUAUGUUCUUGCCCAGGCUACAGGAGAUUCUGAGACCAUUACAUCAGUUGACAAAGAAAAAGGUAGUCUUUCAGUGGGAAGAAUCUCACCAACAGGCUUUUGACGCCAUCAAAUCAUUACUGUGUCAACCACCGGUCUUGGUAGCACCACAGAAACACGGUGAACUUCGGCUUUACUCUGAUACCAGUAGAGUGGCUACUGGAUGCCAUUUGAUGCAGGUGAUUGACGGGAAAGAGCGUUUGCUAGCAUAUCAUUCAAAGCGAUUGCCGAAUGCAGCGCAAUUCUAUUCUGUCAGUGAGUUGGAACUUUUUGGUCUCUUUUUGAACGUAUCAGCAUUCAAGCAUAUUCUGAAAUCUCAGGUUUUCCAGGCAUUUGUGGACCACUCCAGUUUGGUACAGAUAUUGCAAUCCAAACAUGAACCAUGCACAACUAGGUUACAAAAACUAAUUGAGAGGCUUUCUGAAUAUAGCUUCAAAAUUGGUUAUUGUAAGGGAUCCGACUUACAACUUAGCGACUUUUUGUCUAGAGCGCCUAGAGACGAUGACGAAGACUUUGACAGGAUAAUGCCCAUUGCUUUUCCUGUGACCAGCAAUCAAGACAAUGAAUCGUUUGCGUUCCCAGCAGUCAGAACUGAGCCGAUAAUUACACGUUCUUAUGCAAGGCGGAUGGGAAUACAGGUGCCGCCAGCUAAUACCUUAACAAGUUCCAUUGUGCAAACAAGGUCCAAAUCAAGCUCAGAUGAAAGGACAACAACGCCCGCCCCAGAUCAAAGGAAUAAUCCGGUGACAGUCCUAUCCCAAGGCCAACAAACAGGACAAAGAAUAAGGACCGAUGAGCCUCCUGAGAAUUCGAGUAAUUGUCCAGUAACAGGAAAUGGCCCGGCCAGGUCAACAGUAAUUCUGCCUAACCCUCCUUUACAACAACAGUUGGCCAGGAUUCCGACAAUUCCCAAUUGUCCUGAACCAAGAUUAGUUGAUAGGGUAACGGAGCCGCCUGCUCAUACUGUAGUCAAUAAUCUAAGAAAGCCAAACACAGGAACAAUCGAGGUCGAACAUGAACACUGUCCACCCACAAAGGAGUUACUCACUGUGCCAAAGCCGCUAAUCACAAGGAUUGAUGAUGUCAUAGCUGGCCACAUUCCUCAUCAAAGACAGUUGGACAAAAUCAUGUCAAUUAUCAAACGGAAGAUAAUCAGGGAUUACCAGUUACCAUUUGAGAUCCAAGAAUUGAGAUUGGCACAACAAGCAUCUCCUCACUUCAAGCCAAUAUAUGAUUAUCUGGCCCACAACAUAGUACCAGGUGACAAGAAAGCUGUAAGAUCAGUAACGCUUCGAUCACAAGAAUACAUCUUGUGUAAUGGUGUCCUGUUUCGGUUGUUUCUGCACAACAAUGAUGAAGAUUUCACUUUUCAGUUAGCAAUUCCAGAAGCUUACAUUGACCAACUGAUCAGUCUUUAUCAUGAUAACAUCACAUCCAUGCACCAGGGGUACAUUAGAACAUAUCUCACAAUGAGAAGGAAAUUCCAUUUUCCUGCAAUGUUCAGUCGCAUUUGCUCGUAUAUUCAGUCUUGUUCACGUUGUCAGCAGCACAAAGGCAAACCAGAUUCUGUAAGACCUUUUCAUCCAAGGGUUCCUGACAGAUAUUGUCCAUUCGAGACAAUAAGCAUGGACUUCAAAUCCAUGCCACCGUCCUUAUCAGGAUUUCGACACCUCAUGGUCGUUUGCUGUGCAAUUACGCGUUACACCAUUUGUAUCCCGUUGAAGACAAUCGAUGCAGAAACGGUAUGUGAAGCUCUGAUUCAGAAGGUCUUCACAAUCUUCGGUAUACCUACCAUGCUGGUCACUGAUGCCGCAGCAUCUCUGACAGGUAAACUGUUGACAUUGUUAUGUAAAACGCUAGGCAUAAGUCAGAAGACCAUCUCUGUUGAGAAUCAUGGCAGUCUACACACAGAGCGCCAAAUCAAGUCCAUUGCUGACCUACUCAAGGUCAACCUCGCACAAUUAGGAAAUGAUUGGGUAAAGUAUGGAAGCGUUGCGCAAUAUGCUUACAACACGUUCUCUUCUGCACAUCUUGGAGGUUACUCUCCUCAUUAUUUGGUGUUUCUCCGUGAACCUACUGAUGUAUCUGGUCUGGAAUUCAAGCUAGACUUGGGAUUGUCCAGGACUUAUAGAGAAUAUGUGGAACACCUCCAGGCAAAGUUCAAACAUGUGUCCAAGACAAUGCUAGACAUACAGAGGUCUCACCAGGAAACACAAAAUGAGAAGAUUUCACAAAGGCUUAAGAAGUGCCCACUGUAUGCCGUAGGGCAGUUGGUGUACUUGAAUAAGCCUAGUAGCACGCAUCUCACGGCGCCCUCGCGAAAGUUCAAAGCGAUAUGGUGUGGUCCAUUUGCCAUUUACAAAUGUCUGGAUCGCACUCAUUACUUGUUGUCCACGCUAGAUGGAAAGUUGUUGCAGGAUGUGUUCAACUUCAACAGGUUGAAACCAGCUUUCAUUCGCGCCACCUCAGAGAAAGAGAAUAUUACCAAUCUUCAGAAGCUCAAGGACGUUUUGAAGAAAUCGGACGAGGUUACCAAAGCUACUAGUGUACCUGGUAAUGGCACUCCACGCUUUAUGGAUGAAAAUGGUAAAGCAUUGGACAACAUCGGAAAUCAUGUAAUGCACACAUGUAAGACAGAACCGGUUGAUCUAGCAAAACAUAUGCAAUUUGCAGAAGUCAACAAUGGCUUUGCCGCCCCUUGCGAGUUGAGCAGUGCACAACAAGGAAAACUGCUGGCAGCACUUGAGAAUGCGCCUUCAGAAUCUGAAGUGAGCAUUUCAAGGGCUCGAUUCAAAGCAGGCAAUUUGCAGGUUUUGGUGUCAAUACCGCUCAACAACGGUGAUUACAGGUACUGGUGGUCUCCUCAAUGGUAUCCCGAUAGUUUACCAAUUGUUGAAAAUGUCUUAAGCAAUCAGCUUCUAAUGUGCACAGGGACGCCACGUAAAUUGAUUCAGCGUUUGGCCAUGUAGAUGGCAGAUAUAGUGAAAGAUGACGAGUCAUCAUAC